GAUAAAAAAGAAUUAAACUAUGAAUUGAAUCUAAAUUUCUAGGGUUUGAUUUCAUCGCUCCCUUCAACGAAUUCAUUUUCGCGUCCAUUUUUUUCACGGUUGUCCUGGAGCUACUGCAAUGCACCGUGUGGGCAGUGUGGGAAACAAUACCAAUUCUAACCGCCUACGUAAAGAAAAGAGGCUGACAUAUGUAUUGAAUGACAGCGCUGACACAAAGCAUUGUGCUGGCAUAAAUUGUUUGGCAUUGCUAAAGUCAUCUACCUAUGAUGGGUUCGAUUAUCUUUUCACUGGAAGCCGUGAUGGCACACUUAAGAGAUGGGCACUUGGUGAAAACACUGCCACAUGUUCUGCUACGUUUGAGUCUCAUGUUGAUUGGGUUAAUGAUACUGUUAUUGCUGGUGACAGCACACUUGUUUCCUGCUCGUCAGACACUACAUUAAAGACGUGGAAUUGCUUGUCUUAUGGAACUAGCACCAGGACAUUUCGUCAACACUCUGACUAUGUUACAUGUCUAGCCAACGCUGAAAAAAAUGCCAAUGUAGUUGCCUCUGGUGGUCUUGGUGGGGAGGUUUUUGUGUGGGAUAUUGAAGCUGCAAUUACUCCAGUGUCUAAGUCCAGUGAUGUAGUGGAAAAUGAUUGUUCCAAUGGUAUAAAUGGUUCGAAAAAUUCAUUACAAAUGUCAAGUUUGCGAACAAUUGGCUCUAGUAAUGGCAUUGGAACACACACAACCCAGUGUCAUGGAUAUGUCCCUAUUGCCGCUAAAGGGCAUAAAGAGUCUGUUUAUGCAUUGGCAAUGAAUCAUAAUGGAUCCCUUCUUGUCUCUGGUGGAACUGAGAAGGUUGUGCGAGUUUGGGAUCCAAGAACUGGUUCAAAGAAUAUGAAACUAAGAGGGCAUACAGAUAACAUUAGGGCGUUGCUUAUGGAUUCUACUGGCAGAUAUUGUUUGUCAGGGUCCUCUGAUUCUAUGAUCAGGCUUUGGGACCUCGGUCAGCAACGUUGUGUGCAUUCAUAUGCUGUGCACACAGAUUCUGUUUGGGCACUUGCAAGCACCCCAACAUUUAGUCAUGUUUAUAGUGGUGGUAGAGAUCUUUCUUUAUAUUUGACAGACCUGUCAACAAGAGAGAGUCUUUUGCUUUGCAUAAAGGAACAACCAAUUUUGCAGUUGGCAUUACAUGAUGAUAAUAUAUGGGUUGCAACUACAGAUUCUUCAGUUUCAAGGUGGCCUGCCGAAGGACGAAAUCCUCAGAAUGUCUUCCAAAGAGGUGGUUCAUUCUUGGCUGGGAACUUGUCUUUUUCUAGGGCAAGAGUUUCAUUAGAAGGGUCUACCCCAGCCUCUGCUUACAAAGAACCAAACUUUAACAUUCCUGGAACUCCAGCAAUUGUUCAGCAUGAAAUUUUAAAUAACAGAAGGCAUGUAUUGACAAAGGAUGCUGCUGGUUCAGUAAAGCUCUGGGAGAUAACCAGAGGUGUCGCGAUUGAGGACUAUGGCCAGGUUUCAUUUGAUGAGAAAAAGGAAGAGUUGUUUGAGAUGGUAAUCAUUCCUGCAUGGUUCACUGUGGAUACCCGGCUUGGAAGCUUGUCUGUUCAUUUAGACACACCCCAAUGCUUUACUGCAGAGAUGUAUUCUGCAGAUCUGAACAUAAGUGGAAAGCCUGAGGAUGAUAAGGUUCAUCUAGUUCGUGAAACGCUGAAAGGUCUGCUGGCUCAUUGGCUGUCCAAAAGAAGGCAAAGACAUUGCUCUCAGGCUUCAGCUAAUGGAGACGUUUUGUCAGGAAAAGAUAUGGCAGCAGGAGGUGCUGCUCAUUCAAAGAUCGAGGUAGAUGGAAAGGCUGAAAAUGACUCCACAGUCUAUCCUCCUUUUGACUUUUCUACUGUUUCCCCUCCCUCAAUUAUUACGGAGGGUUCCCAAGGAGGUCCUUGGAGAAAGAAAAUUACUGAAUUGGAUGCAACAGAGGACGAGGAAUUUCCUUCGUGGGUUUUGGAUUGCAUAUUAAAUAAUCGUUUACCACCACGAGAAAAUGCCAAGUGCAGCUUCUAUCUUCAUCCAUGCGAUGGUUCAUCUGUUCAGAUUUUGACACAAGGAAAGUUAAGUGCACCUCGCAUAUUGAGAAUGGAUAAGGUUGUUAAUUAUGUCAUAGAAAAGCUGGUGCUUGACAAACCAAUUGAUAGUGUAAAUAUCGAUGGGACAUAUGCUCCUGGACUUGGAGGACAAUCGCAGUCUGGAUCGAAGCCUUGGCAAAAGCUUCGGCCUUCUAUUGAGAUUUUAUGCAAUAACCAGGUAUUAUCUCCGGACAUGAGCUUAGCCACUGUGCGGGCUUACAUAUGGAAGAAACCCAAGGACUUGGUACUUAAUUAUAGAGUGAUUCAAAGCAAGUGAUUAUUUUGACUUCUGGGACCAGGUGAGUGACAACUUAUUAAUGUUUUAAGUUUUCUGUAUUUCUUUUAAAAGAAUGGCGCGUAUGCAAAGUUUACUCUUUGGGAAAUAUUAUUUCUUGUGAUAAAUGCAGGAAAUACUUUGGAUUCAUUUUCUAUCUUGAAAGAAAAAGUUAGGAGGUUGGGGUUAUAUGUUGAGAGAUGACGAUAUGUCCCGUUAUUUUAACGUUUCCUCCAAUGAUUCUGUUAAUUUAACAUUGAAUCAGAUAGUCAGCUUUCACUUCCUUCCAAUUGGUGAAAAAACAUUUUUAGUUUCUUGUUGAGAUGUGCGCAUGUUUGAUAUCGGUAUUAAGCAAUUGGCUUCAAAAUAUAGUUUGAACUGUAUCCUCUCUUAUCUUUGGGCUGCAGGUUGGCCUUCUGAUGGAAAUCUCAUGCUUUUGCAAAGUGUUGGGACUUAUAUUCUUCUGGGGUUGCCAAUCAUUAUCAGAAGUAUCUACGAGAUCCUUGGAUAUAUCGAAAUAUGAUUGGUUUCUGAUCCCAGGUGAUUCUCUAGUCUUUCUCAAGAGAAUUCUGGAUAACGUUAGACAUGCAUAUUUUUGCCAUACAUCAGAAAAAAAACCGUAGGGCAGACAUGCAAAUGGCAUAAUCGUUUAUUACUCCGGGGGAGAAUCAACCGAAAGAAAAUCAGGUACUUUCCGGGAAAACGAUGAUGUCGGAAGCUCUGUUUAUUUAAUCACGGGCUACAGUAUAUGGUCAUAGAAACCAUAGUUAUGAAGUUGAAUGAUUUUCUUUAUUUUAUUAUUCCGGGAAAUAAAACAAGCAUUUCGCAUGGAGUUGGUCUGAUUCGAUAUCCAGAAAAUUUCCUCUUAAUGCUUUCCGGAGGGCAAGAAACGAAAACUUAACGACUUGACGAGGUAACUUACAAUAGCCUGUUAGAUUUGAAUUCAUAGAGACUCGGAGGAGAGAGAGGGUGUAGUUUUAGUUUGUCAAAGUUUAUGCUUCUUUAAUUUGUUUAAGGGUUGUUUUUGUUUGUUGGGU